GAGCGCGUACUUUGAAACGAAAAAGAUAUGGAGAAAACUCAAUAUUCCUUUCCACUGCUCCCUGCUGAUCAGCUAGUUCAGGAUCUUAACAUCAUAGCAGAUUUACCUCUGGAGGAGAAGGACUUCAAACAACCAAACAGUCAGAGGUGGCAGAAGAUAUAUUGCCGUUUGGUUGAAGUUCUGUCAGGUGUGUCAUUUGAGAGUAUUAUACAGCAAGUUUUGUAUGUCAAAGAUGAGAUGGAGUUUCCAGAAUUGUACGAAGAAGCCACUGAAAUUGUCCUACUUUCUCUUACAUUAAAAAGAAUGCUGUCGUCUUGUGGAAUUGCUGAUUUCUCUCUGAAGGACGUCAAAGAACCAUCCCCAAACAGAGUUCUAAAGAUCAUGUGUGCUAUCGCCAAUUUUAUAAAAUUCCAAAAAGGAAGGAUUCAGGUGUACCAGGACUUGAAGGAGGAAAAUGACAGAUUUCGGGAUCAAUUUGAUCACAUGAUCCAGAAACGAGACAGAAUCAAAGCAAAGAUUCAGGAACUAAAAGCUGAAAAACCAAAAAAUGACCCAGAAUUUGCCAAGAUCCAAGAACAGCUGGAUAUUCUGAAUGACGGAUUACAGGAACGACUCAAAAAACAAGCUGUGAAACAGAAGGCUGCCACCGAGGUCAAGGCCAGGCUAGCGGAAAAAGUAGCCAAUAGGGUACAGCUUAUUUUGUUUCAAUAG